CAAAGGAGGAUGACGGACUCACCUGGUUGUGGUAGACGAAAGACGGCUGCGUCUCUCAUGGAGAAUUUACUCGGUCUUCUCCGCAUCCGCGUCAAGCGCGGCGUUAACCUCGCCGUCCGAGACGUCCGCAGCAGCGAUCCUUACAUCGUCAUCAAGAUGGGCAAACAGAAACUGAAGACUCGUGUGAUUAAAAAGGAUGUUAAUCCAGAGUGGAAUGAAGAUCUUACUCUUUCCGUUACGGACCCUUCUAUUCCAGUCAAGCUGACUGUGUAUGAUCAUGAUACGUUCAGCAAGGACGAUAAAAUGGGAGAUGCAGAGUUCGACAUAGUACCUUAUAUUGAGGCAUUGAAGAUGGACUAUGUAGGAAUCCCAAGCGGCACGAUUAUCACAAGAGUACAACCUUGCAGGCAAAACUGCCUAUCUGAGGAGAGCUGCGUCCGCUGGAGCGAAGGCAAGGUCAUCCAAGAUCUCUGCCUCAGAUUGAAAAAUGUGGAAUGCGGUGAAGUUGAAAUCCAGUUGCAAUGGAUCGAUCUUCCUGGUUCCAAGGGCUUAUCGUGAACGACCUCUCUGUAUGUAUGUUUUCUGUCUUAUAUAUUAUAUGGGAUGCUUGCAAGCUUCUGCCACCUGAAAGCGAAUCAAAAUGAAGUUGUUUUCGUUCAUGGCUGGGUUGGUUUGUUCAUAUAUAUGUAUAACAGAACCAACAAUGACUGUACUUUUAUUAGAUUAAUGGUUGGUUUUCUGCUUGGAGCUCAUGACAUGA